AUGGCUACAUUCACGCGCAUCGCCGAGGACGAGACGCCCACCAUCACCAUCGACCCGUCUCACACCGUCGCCGACAUCGAGGACAACAUCUAUGGCGGGUUCACGGAACACAUGGGCCGUUGCAUCUACGGCGGUAUCUACGACCCCGGCAACCCGCUCUCCGACGCCAACGGCUUCCGCACCGACGUCAUCGACGCCAUGAAGGAGCUCAACGUGCCCGUUGUGCGGUACCCCGGCGGCAACUUUGUCGCGACCUACAACUGGCUCGACGGGGUUGGCCCCAAGGAGAAACGGCCGAGCCGACCCGAGUUGGCGUGGAUUGGGGUCGAGAGGAAUGAGUUUGGGACGGAUGAGUUUAUGAAGUGGUGUGAGGUUGUUGGAACGGAGCCGUAUUUGUGUCUGAAUAUGGGAACUGGGACACUGCGGGAGGCCCUGGGCUGGCUCGAGUACUGCAACUCGGACCGGGACACCUACUACGCCAACCUGCGUCGGCAAAACGGCCGUGAGAAGCCCUACAACGUCAAAUAUUGGGCCCUCGGCAACGAGUGCUACGGCCCCUGGCAAGUCGAGCAGCUCACCAAAGAAGCCUACGCCACCAAAGCCUACCAAUGGGCCAAAGCCCUCAAACUCCUCGACCCCUCCAUCACCCUGAUCCUCUGCGGCGAAUCUGGCUUCUCCUCCUGGGACCACCACGUCCUACAACACUGCCUCCGACCCGACAUGCACGCCCUGGGCGGCACCAAAUCCCUCAUCGACAUGCACAGCAUCCACCUCUACACCGCCGACGGCACCGCCCACCUCCCCAACGCGACCGCCCCGCGCGCCGCCGAACGCGCCAUCCAGAUGACCUCGGCCCUCAUCGACCUCGCCCGCAUCGAGAACCGCGUCCCGCCCACGGUGCCCAAACCCAAGAUCUGCUUCGACGAGUGGAACGUCUGGGACCCCUCCCGCGCACCAGGCGAACAGGGCGCCGAGGAGAAAUACACCCUCUCCGACGCGCUGGCGGUGGCUGUGUGGCUGAAUGUGUUUGUGCGGCAGGCUGGGGAGAUCGGGAUGGCGAAUAUUGCGCAGUCGGUUAAUGUCAUUUCGCCGCUGUUGACAUCGCCCAACGGGUUGGUGAAACAGACUACGUGGUGGCCGCUGUUGUUAUUCAGUCGGUAUAUGCGGGGUCAGACGAUUGCGUUGCAUGUGCGCGGGCAGGAGUACACGGGGCCGACGAAGCCGACGUGGCUUCGGGGGACGGGGAUGGAGACGCCGUUUUUGGAUUGUAGUGCGGUGAAGGGGAGUGAUGGUUGGGUGAAUCUGGCUGUGGUGAAUGUGGAUGAGGAGCGGGACUAUGGGGUUGUGUUGGAGGGGUUGGUGGGGGGUGGGAAAGUGCAGGUGUUUGUUGUGACUGGGGAAAAUGUGAGUGUGACGAAUACGGACGGGAAGGAGAAUGUUGGGGUUGUGGAGAGCGAGUGGGAUGGGAAAGGGAGGUUUACUUUUGCGAGGCAUUCGUUUACCUUGUUGCGGUGGAAGGAGUCGGUUUAG